AUGACGACAACACGAUGUGUUCUUGUGACCGGUGCAGCAGGCACUAUCGGCAGCUAUUUCAGUAAAAAUGCUAAUAAACAGAAGUAUAAACUUCGGUUAAUGGUUCAUCCUUCGAAUCCACGAAAUGUGAUCGAAGCAAUAACACCACAUGGUGAUGUUAUCGAGGCUGAAUUGGAGAAACUCGAAACCUUGCUAAAGGCAUGUGAAGGGGUCGAUACAGUUUUACAUUUGGCUGCAAUUGCUGAUGCAAGUGCUAAAUGGGACUCAUUAUUACAAAAUAAUAUUAUCGGAACGUACAAUAUAUUUUUAGCAGCGAAGAAGUCGGGCGUAAAAAGAGUCAUUUAUGCGAGUUCGAUUCAUGCUGUUUCAGGUUAUACUAAGAAUAAGCAAAUUAGAACGUCCGAUCCAGUGAAUCCAGGAGAUCUUUACGGUGUAAGUAAAUGUUUUGGCGAAGCGCUUGGAUGUUACAUGGGUGAGCAAGAGGGACUUUCGACAAUCGCAAUUCGGAUAGGUGCCUAUUUACCAUAUUCGUUUUUAAACAACCAAUCGAGAGGUGUUUCAUGUAUGGACAGUUGGCUAUCCGAACCCGAUGCAAUUCAUUUAUUUGAACGGUGUAUUGACGCCCCGCCGGCUCUCAAAUUUGCAAUUGUGCAUGGCCUAUCACGUAAUACGUUUAAUCGAAUGGAUAUCAAUUCGACAUGUGACUUACUCGGCUAUGAUCCGCAAGAUAAUUUCGUAGAAGCUCAAGAAAGCUUCAAGUCGUUGAAUAUAACCAAUCGAUUGCUGACACACAAUCUUCAUGAUUCCCAUCAGAAAUCUGGCCUUCGGGAUCAAUCGCCAGAACAGACCAAAAACAAUUAG